UCAGCGCUGAAGAAGAGACUGAUGGAGCUGUAUAAUCAGAGUGAGAGAGCUGCUCAAGCGAUGAAAACCAUGAAAACAAACCAAAGCCAAAUUGCUGAAACAGCUUCCAGAAAGAAAGAUUUGAUCAGAAGUGAGUUUUCAGAAAUUAAAGCUUUAAUUGAAGAAAGAGAAAACCAGACCUUAAAAAUAAUUGCAGAUGAAGAAAAAAGAGUUUGCAAUAAGUUUGAUUAUAUUUACGGUGUUCUUGGAAGUAAGAAGAAUGAGGUCCAGUCUCUCAGAGAUCAGAUUGAGAUGGCACUGAUGGAAAGUGAUGAGAUUCUGUUUUUGAAGAGAGCAGCAGCACUGCAGCAAACGUCGACAAAAGAUGUUUUCGUCCCUGUAAUUGAAAUGGACCAAAACUUGAUACAUUCCUCUUAUCAGUCUGCCAUUAACCUUAAAGACAUUGUGAAACAUGCUGUGACACAGUGUAGGGAGAAAAAAGCAGAAGAGGAGAAAAAGAAACCUGUUAAAGCUGCACCAGCCACGGGGACAGUAAAUGCUGCAGCUGCUGUUUCAACAACUAAAGAGCUUAUUGACAGCUUUCUGAAGAAAUCCAGAGAGGAGCUUCUGCAGUAUUCUGCCAACAUCACGCUGGAUUACAACACAGCUCAUAACAAAGUGAUUCUGUCUGAGAGAUAUACCAGGAUGUCUGUCUCAGACACCCCCCUGAAUUAUAACCAUCACCCUCAGCGCUUCACCGAUUGUUCCCAAGUGCUGGGGUUCCAGUGCUUCAAGAGAGGUAUCCACUACUGGGAAGUGGAACUGCAACAGAACAACUUCUGUGGCAUCGGCAUCUGCUACGGCAGCAUGGCCCGGCAGGGGCCGGAGAGCCGCCUGGGGAGGAACAGCAGUUCGUGGUGCAUUGAGUGGUUUAAUUCCAAAAUAUCAUCCUGGCAUAAUGAUGUUGAAAAGUGCUUACCCAACGUGAAGGCGACCAAGAUCGGUGUGCUGCUGCACUGCGAGGGAGGGUUUGUGAUUUUCAUGGCGGUGGGGGAGAAGCAUAACUUGAUCUACAAAUUCAAAUCCCAGUUUACUGAAGCCUUGUACCCUGCCUUCUGGUUAUUUUCCACUGGCACUGUUCUCUCUCUCUGCCAAGAGAAACAGUAA